CGUUGGAGGGGCGGACUCAGGGUAAAGAGUCUGAAGCGGACCCUGGGAGAGUCAGAAGCGUUUCCGGUGUUAACAGAGCUUCGUGGGCUCCGGAGAGGCGGCUGAGAAGAGUGGAGACUGUGUCCCACAGACUCGACAUCAUGAACAUAUUUGAUCGGAAGAUCAACUUUGAUGCGCUCUUAAAAUUUUCCCAUAUAACCCCCUCCACACAGCAGCACCUGAAGAAGGUCUAUGCCAGUUUUGCCCUCUGCAUGUUUGUGGCGGCUGCGGGGGCCUAUGUCCAUGUGGUCACUCAUUUCAUUCAGGCUGGCCUGCUCUCUGCCCUGGGUUCCCUGGGGUUGAUGAUUUGGCUGAUGACAACACCUCAUAGCCAUGAAACUGAGCAAAAAAGACUGGGACUUCUUGCUGGAUUUGCUUUCCUUACAGGGGUUGGCCUGGGCCCUGCUCUGGAGUUUUGCAUUGCCAUCAACCCCAGCAUCAUUCCCACUGCCUUCAUGGGCACAGCAAUGAUAUUCACCUGCUUCACCCUGAUUGCUCUCUAUGCCAGACGCCGUAGUUACCUCUUUUUGGGAGGUAUAUUGAUGUCAGCCAUGAGCCUGAUGCUCUUGUCUUCCCUGGGGAACCUUUUCUUUGGAUCCAUUUGGCUUUUCCAGGCAAACUUGUAUUUGGGGCUGAUGGUCAUGUGUGGCUUUGUCCUUUUUGAUACUCAACUCAUUAUUGAAAAGGCUGAAAAUGGAGAUAAGGAUUAUAUCUGGCACUGUGUUGACCUCUUCUUAGACUUCGUUACUCUCUUCAGAAAACUCAUGAUGAUCCUGGCUAUGAACGAGAAGGACAAGAAGAAAGAGAAGAAGUGAAAUGAAAUGACCAUCCAGCCUUUCCCAUUUUGGCUUCCACUCCCUCCGCCCCCUCAUUUUCUCUUUGCACACAUUACAGGUGGCGUGUUCUGUGAUAAUGAAAAGCAUCAGAAAAGCUUUUGUACUUUGUGGUUUUCUCUAUUUUGAAAUUUUUUAUCAAAAAACUGAUUAGCAGAAUAUA